GAAGAAGGAGAGGGAGGGAGGGAGAAAAAAAGGAAGCUCCUCGAUAAGUUUUCUGUGUAUAUUUCUAAGAAGUUACACAAACUUUCACAAACUAAGGGUGUGACUGGAAGCCCUGUGGACAUCAACAUGUGGAACAGAGAGAUCUGUUGACGAGGACGGACACCAGUUUGUCUAAAGCUGUGCACAGCUGAUGACUACAUCAAAUAUCAACACUUUUUAAGGCCUUGGGCCUCGAGUGACUGUACAGAUCCUGGACAGACAAUCAGGAAGACAAUGUCCUCAGAGUUGGACUCCAGUCUCACCAGUAUCGACUGGCUGCCUCGGCUGGGAUUCAGCAGCCUGCGCUCGGGGAGGGAGAGAGGAGGAGGAGGAGGGGAGAGGGAGAAGAGGAAAGAUCGAGGGAAGGAGAGAGGAGAUUUUUUACCCUCUGUACCAGACCCCUCCCCUUCGAACUCGAAAGGGAAACCCCCUCACAGCUAUGCUACUCUCAUUGCCAUGGCAAUAGCAGCUGCACCUGAGAGGAAGUUGAGUUUGAAUGACAUCUACACCUGGAUCAGUGACACUUUCCCCUACUACAGCCGAGCUGGCCGAGGAUGGAAAAACUCCAUCCGGCAUAAUCUGUCUCUUAAUAAAUGCUUCAGGAAGGUUCCUCGGCCACAGAAUGACCCUGGCAAGGGCUCCUAUUGGACGAUGGAUGGACCUGCAGAAGCCAACCAAUUGAGGGCCCCUAAACGUCCUUAUCCAGAGGAGGAAGAAGAGAAGCACAGUGUUCCUCUGAUAGAAGGUACACAGGCAGAGAGAGGACAUUCUCCUCACCAACAACAACCAGCCUCCAUCACAGACCUCCAUCUACUCAACGUAGAGCCUUUGGGAGCCGUUCAUCAACAUCCACGUGGUCCUGCCUCCCUCUCUCCUCCCCCAUGCAAGCAAUCAUCCCCCUACAUGCCAAGUCCAGUGUCCAGUCUCCCUGUCCCUCAUCCAUCUGCUCCUCCUUCAGCGGAGCUCCCACCAGCCGCCCCCAUCACCUCCACCAACUCUUUCCAACCUCCUCACCCACCUUGCUCCACUUUUUCACUCCCCGCUGCCUCUGCUCCACCUCUGUCUGCUUCUCCAUCUGCUUCCUCUUUCUCUGAUGCCCCUCUCUCCUUUCCUGCUAUGUCAGGGCCUGUUUCUGUCCCCACUUUCUCCUGCACCCAGAACUCAGCUCCUGUGUCUGUUUGCACCGUGUCUGGACCCUCUCACCCCUCUGUAUGUGUUACUCCUGCAUCGCUCAAUGCCCCGCCGGCCUGCUCCCUGAACACCUCCACAGAUCCUCUGCUGCGUUUCACCUUCGAUGAGCUGAAUUUACCAGACUUGUAUGCAUCUUUCAAGUCUAUUUUCAAGACCAUGCGGGACAGAGGAGGCUCUCAGUCUGAUUUUAUUCCCCUGACUGGCCUUACCAAUGACACUACUCCUCUACACACUCCAACACUUCUACCAAUGUCUCCUCACCCUGCCACUGCCCCACCCGCUCAACCUACACCCGCUGCACUGCCUCCACUGCCUCUACAGCCUCCACAGCAUCCUGAGAUGGAGCGUGUCCCACAAUACACAGUGCCAGCAGAUUGGUUCAGUAAUCCAGAUUCUUUGAAGGAGAGCUGCCGCAUCGCUAGCAACAUCGACUGGGCGAAUAUCGACCUCUCCGGUCACCCAGACCUUUUGGAGAGCAUGCGGCAGGCGGAGCUCUGCGACUGGGCCCUGGACCCGGCGCUCUUCACCUCUCUAUGCGACUCUUUGAACCGCUUCUUCACUCAGAAAGGAAUGAUCACCUCUGGGAAUAACUCCCCUCUAGCUGUUGGUGCUCCUCACUCCCAACAGGUCUCCCCCUUCACCUCAAACCCGCCCCUUACCCUCGCCAGCCUCACUCACCCCUCACCCCUCCCCUAUUGCCCCAUUCUCCCCCCGGCCAGUGGAGCACAGCCGCCCCGGAGGCCUCUGCAAGGACAAGGAUUGCAAAGACCGCAGUUCACACAACCUGCAAACACAACCGCCGGGAUGCAGCCGCAGUCUAUGACCCCUCGACAGCGUCCUCCACUGAGGGGCCUGCACAGCAACAGCGAGGAGAUCCAGGAUGACUUUGACUGGGAUUCUCUGCUCGCUUGACCUCCGCUGUCUGCGAAGAGAAACGAUUAAACUGAACAUUUCAAGAAAGUGUCUCUUCACAGCCAUCUGUACAAGACUGUGCAGGAACUAUUCAGCCUCUCAGAGAGUAAGUCUGGGAUUAAGCUUGUCUUUUAUAAUUGAAUGCUGUUCUUAAAUAUUUUUCACUUUAAUUCAGAUUCAUAUGCUGUAAUCAUUUUCAUUGUGUAUCUUUUGCAAGUUGCGGUUAGGGUGUUUAUAAUGUUUCAUUGCAGUUAUGAAGCUUGUUCACCAAAGAAAAUAAAGGCCAAACAUAUUGUUGACAUAAAGCAGUUAAAAAAAAAAAAAAA